AUGGCUGGUGGUGACGCUAAGAAGGGUGCCAACCUCUUCAAGACCCGUUGCGCUCAGUGCCACACCGUCGAGGCCGACGGCGGCAACAAGAUCGGCCCUGCUUUGCACGGCCUUUGGGGCCGCAAGACCGGUUCCGUCGAGGGUUACUCCUACACCGACGCCAACAAGAAGAAGGGCAUCGAGUGGAACGACCAGACUCUCUUCGAGUACCUCGAGAACCCCAAGAAGUACAUUCCCGGCACCAAGAUGGCGUUCGGUGGUCUCAAGAAGGAGAAGGACCGCAACGACCUCAUUGCCUACCUCAAGGAUGUCACCAAAUAG